CAGCCAUGUGGCGGCUGGCGCGGACGGGCGCCGCUCGGUUAGCGGCCGCGGCGGCCCCGGCCGCGCCGCUCGGCGGCUGGUACGAGUGGUGGUCGCAGUCGCGUCCUGUGCACUGGGCCGAGGGUGGUCUGGCGGCCCUGCAGGCGUCCGCGGGGCUGCCGUGGUGGGCCGCCAUCGCCUGCGGCGCCGCCCUUCUCCGCACCGCCGUCACCUUGCCGCUGGCCGCGCACCAGUGCCGACUCCUGGCGCAGCUGGAAAACUUGCAGCCCGAGAUUAAAAACCUGGCUGAGCGCCUUCGCUAUGAAGUUUCUGUUCGUGGAAAGCAACUGGGUUGGUCUGAAAAGGUGGCCAGGUUCCACUAUAAGAAGAAUCUGCGCAGGAUUAUGACGGAGCUGUAUGUUCGAGACAACUGCCACCCCUUCAAAGCCACGCUGCUGGUGUGGGUGCAGGUUCCAAUGUGGGUCUGUGUGUCCCUCGCUUUGCGCAAUUGCAGUGUCGGUGCCGCAGGCUCAGAAGUUCAAGAACAGUUCUCAGCAGGUGGAGCGCUGUGGUUCACAGACCUCACGGCACCAGACUCUACGUGGAUUCUGCCAGUUUCACUUGGGCUUGUGAAUUUGCUGAUAGUGGAGAUCUUUGCUGUGCAAAAACUGAAAGUUUCCAGGUUCCAGAAGCUUGUUACAAACUUCUUUCGGGUGAUGUCAGUAGUAAUGAUCCCUGUUGCUGCAACAGUCCCCUCUAUGCAGAUUAUCUGGAAUGAACUCAUUGUAGAAAUCAGGAGAAAAUAGGAGCGGUGAUGCUUGAAAGUGCUUUAAUGCAGUGGACCUGCUUAUUCACAGCUAGUCCUGCGGGAAGUUCUGUGUCUCCUUGCUGCAGCAUGGUGAUGUUGACGUGAACGUAUGAGGAUGAAGCUGACAGACAGUGAGAGCCUGGAGCUUUGGCAUGUUUACUUUUCCAAUGCAGCCAGCCCCGUUAAGGAAUGGAGCUGAAAGAAGAGGCUGGCUUGGGAGACAGGUUGAAGACAGAUGAGCUGCCUCACCCUUAGGUGGUAGUCCUCAGUGGAACAUGCUGGUCUUCCAAGCUGCAACACUGGGAUGCUGAAUUGGGCACUGACUGACAAGGACACCUUUCUGGACUUUGCUGAGUGAUGUGCUGAGAAUGACCUGUGCUUUAUGAAUUUUUCUGUCAACUGCACCGCACUGCAUGUGACAUCAACCAGAUUGGGUGGAAUCUUCCAAAUAUUCCAGCAACAUUUUGCAAUUUGCCAACCAGUUUGUCUCAGCAGUCUAACUCACUGUUCUGCAAGUCCUGUACAUUUGCUUAAACUGCAGCAGAACCAAUCCUCUCACACAACAGCAAGAUCUGAAUCUUUUCAUCCAUUAUGAAUAAAGUCCUAUUAUGUCUAACAAGAUUGACCCCAAUCCUCCCACACAUGACAUGCGGCACUCCAUCUGUACAAAUUUCGUGCCUUUGACUCCAGCAUCUGGGCAGUUCCAUCUGUAUAUUUUGAAAGCCAAAGUCGAUGCCUGCUUUAGCUCAGAGGGAAUGUAGGGUUGGACAAGGCUGCCUGUCACUGGAAUCUAGCAUUGAUCUGACUAUACAAGAGAAAAACAAGAUCAAAAAGUCAUUUUGUUGCAUUGGCAGCACCCACUUCAAUCUUACCUUAGGCCUUUGAGAUCAAAAGACAGACCUGUUGGUGACAACCGUAUCUUGGGCGUCAUUACACUUCAAAGGCAGGCUUCCAGCUGUAUGAAGGAGAUCAAAGAUGCAAGAGAGAAACCUGGCUGUCCACAUCCUGGAAACUCAACAUAACUGGGACUGCAUGGCAGCAAUGCCUGUGAGCCAGCCAUGUGCACUCCUGUGCCUGGCCAUGUGAGUAAGUUUCAGUGUCAUGUAGUGAUGUUUGACAGUAACAUUUCUCUCCGAAGCAAGGUGGCUGGCUGCAGGAGGCUCUUGGGGAAUGCUUGUGUGAAAAUAGAGACAGGAAUUGUUGAGGAGGAUGAAAUGC